GUAAUGACUAUAUAUGGGGAACAGGCAAAGUUGGGAAAAAAUGUGAAGCAUGUGGUGCUUGUUGCCAUGACUGCUGCGUAGAAUCUGCCAAAAGCACCUGCCAAAGAGUUAGGACAGAAGAAAAUUUUACAUCAGAUAGAAGCGUGCCCCUGGAAGACUGGACAACACAGAAUGUGAUGGACUGGAUGGCAGCCCUUAACCUUUACCGGUAUGCAGAACUGUUCCGUGACAAGGGAAUAACAGGGAGGCACCUUACACAGAUGGAAGAAAAAAUGCUUGAGGAACUUGGAAUUAGAGAUGAGUUUCACCAGAAAGCAAUAUUGGUGUGUGUUGAUGAAUUGUGUGGACGAAAUCCUGACGAGGCACCAUACAACUCCACACUCCCACCCCCAGGACAGUUUAUGUCAGACAUGGAAGCAGCAAGUAGCUGCGGUGGUGCGGCUUCAGAGAAUCACAGAUUUGCAGAGUAUAACUUCUCAUCUCUCCAGAGAUGCCAUCUGUGUGACAAAUUUCUUUAUGGGUUGAUGAGACAAGGUGUGCAAUGCCGAGAAUGUGGAAUCUGCAGUCACCGUUACUGCUCUUCAACGAAAGGGUCCGAAUGCAGUACACCAAAAUUAGAACGUCACCGAAGACCCAGUUUUACGCAAAAUUCUGUUUUUGGAGCAGACCUGACAGAUGAGAUGAGUAGAUCUCAUGGUGAGGCCCCAAUAGUGGUUAUGAAAUGUGUUGAAGAAAUUGAGAAAGCUUGCAGCGAUCAUGAAUCUGAAGCCCUUAGUGUUUACAGAAUUUCAGCAAAGACUGAAGAAAUAAAUGAAAUUAAGGCAGCAUUCAACAAAGUGAGUGAUGUCAGCCAGUUGAAUUUGGAUAAUUUCAAUGUGCACUGCGUAGCUGGUGUUCUGAAGAAAUACUUGCGGGAGUUACCAAACCCAGUCAUACCAGUUGAAAUGUACAGCUACUUUAUAGAUGCUGCCAGAAAUAUAACAGAGAAUGCAGAAUUGGUGAAACGCUUGUUGGAAUUAGUCGAGCAAAUGCCUUCUGCCCACAAGUCAACUCUGCGCUAUCUCAUGGGUCACUUUAUACGAUUGUGGCGGAUACAACAUGAUUCUGGAAUGGAAGAUGGCCUUGAUAAACUCUCACAUGUUUUUUGCCACAUCUUGUUGAGACCACCAUGGGAAAAAAUAAUUGAAAUUGUUGAAAACACCAAAUUACACAUAGACAUUUUUGAGGAGUUAUUACGAAAUGGGAGUUGGGGUGAAUCCACCCCUCCUUCCCCACCCCCAAUACCACCUCGCCCUAAGAUCCCGGAGGAUUUACAUCCCUCUUCGAUAAAGCAUAACACGAUGUCUCCACAAGAUCAGCUUAAAGAAGCUGAGUGGUACUGGGGUACGAUAUCAAGAGAGGAAGUGAAUGAACUUUUACGUGACAAGCCGGAUGGCACUUUUCUGGUGCGUGAUGCAUCCACACCUGGGGAUUACACAUUAACGCUUAGAAAAGGUGGAGCUAACAAACUUAUUAAAAUAUUUCAUAGGGAUGGAAAAUACGGAUUUGUGGAGCCUUUGACAAGUGACUCUGUAGUGGAUUUAAUUCAAUAUUACAAGCAAUAUUCGUUGGCAAUAUAUAACCGGACACUAGAUAUAAAAUUAUUAUACCCUGUGUGCCAUAGUAGAGCAGUGGAUAAUGCCCCGUCAGAUGAUAUACAACAAGAGAAGUUACGUCUGCGACAAAUCAAUAAGGAUUUCCAGACUAAGGAACUGGAGUACGACUCCCUGUACGAUGAACACUCGAAGACGCAGCUGGAUCUGCAGCUCAAACAUCAGGCGCUUGAUGCUUUCAAAGAAACAAUUGCCGUGUUUGAGGAGCAGAUGGAGUUACAUAAACGUUUCCAUGGCGAGGCAUCACCACAUGAGAUUCAAAGACUGCACGAAAAUUUUGAACUAUUGAAAGGACGUCUGAUGAGUAUUAUGGAAAAUAAGAGCGAGCUUGAGGUGGAUAUUAAACGGAAAACGCAGCAUAAUAGGGCGCUAAUCAGUGAAAUGAACAGCCUUAAACCGGAAAUAAAACGACUUAGUCGACAAAGAGAUCAACUGAAAAAGUGGUUGUUGGAGAAGAAUGUACCUGCUGCAGAUCUGGACAGUAUCUUGGAAGAGAAAGACACGGAGAAUGUGUCCACGUACGAUGCACAGGUGUUACCUCACAAUAACAAGGAGUCGUGGUUUAUUGACUGCGACAGAAGAGAAGCAGAGGCUAUGCUCUGUGAUAAACCCGACGGUACUUUCUUAAUCCGUCCUAAACAGGAGGAGGGUGAUGUCUACGUACUCUCAAUCUCAUGCCAAGGGAGUAUAGGACAUUGUAAAAUUCUUCACAAAAAGACUGGCUAUGGGUUUGCGGAACCGUUUUUUAAGCAUCCAUCAUUAAUGCAUUUAGUUCUACAUUAUCAGCAAGAAUCUUUAAAGGACCAUAAUCCAACGUUAGAUAUUCGAUUACUGUAUCCCGUGCGGGCUGCUCAUGACACUCUUUACAGCCGGGAACCUGUGUACUUACAUAUGAACCAAAACUAUAAUUAGACGCAGCGACUGAUGGAUAGGAAUUUAUUCAAUUCAAAACACAUCAAAUAUUGCAUAGUUUUAUAUAGGAAAAUAGUGCCAAAAUUGUUUGGUGAGUGUAGUACAAAAGCACACAAAAAGAUAUUGUGAUUUAUUGUUUAUGGACCAUUUAUUUGCCAGUAAAUUGUGAUAAAAUCACACCGUUCUGUAACUUUACCCUUCAAAACGGAGGUUUUAGAAAAUGAAGUACAGCUUCUUCACCUCCAAAGAGGAGAGUACAGCAACUAAAGGGAAGUAACUCCAUGUUGAACAUGAGAGAGGAUUAUAACUGAUGCUGCUGCACAGUUCCAUGUUAUGUUUUUGAUAGAAGGACUGAAUAAACUUUUCAUGAACUGGUCAUCAAAAGUGACUUGCAUGUUUUAAGCUUGAUGGACUUUAUGGGAAUGAGCUUAGAAGAUAAACUUUUCAUAUCAUUAUUUUUUUAUAUUUUGAAAAAAAGAAAAUUAGGUUUCUUAACAUUUCCUCUUUAAGUUAUGUAAAUUCUGUAAAAAUUGUUAUUUAUUAUCAAAUAGUUAAUGAAAAUCAUGUGGUGUUCUUAGAAAUUGAAAUGUCUGUAUCAAAAAAUUCUCUAUGACAGUUACGUGUCUUGAGAAUUUUGUGGUAAAAAAAAAAAAUCAAGUCUAGAAAUUGAUUGAUUACUUAAAGAUAACAGUCAAAUAAUGAUUUGUGAACAAAAUUGUGAAUGUUGUUUCAAGGUUGUUUACAUUGCAGUAUGUUAGGUUUGUUGUACAUGUUGUUGUUUCGUAUUUCUUGAAAUGAUCAGCAAUGAAGAAAAUGUUACGAACUUAUAAACUGAAUUUUGGUGCAAAACUACCUCUGUUAAUAUGGCUGCUGAAUCUUGUGUUAGUUUUGUUGUCCACACGAAGUAGAAAAUAGUCAUUGCAUACAAUAGUCAUUUUAGAUGAUUGAAAAAUGCACGUUCAUAAACAAUACUAGUAGUUCAAACUAGAUUUAUUUAUCAAUGACAUAUACAUGAUGUUUGCGAUACUUCUGAUAAUGUAUAAGCGGUUGGCUGACUCUUUUCUGGGGGUUUUGUUUGAUAAAUCCAAUAAUUACAUAGACUCAGAAUAUAUUUUAAGGUAAAUUGACUUAAACCUAGAUAUUUUUAAGUAUUCUGGUAAUUUAACCCAGAUAUUUUGAAGUAUACUGGUAUUUAAACCCGCAUAUUUUAAUGUAUAUUUGUAAUUAAACACGGAUCUUUUGGAGUAUACUAAUACCAACAAUUAUCAGAUUUUUGUUUAAAUUUUUUUAUUCAUUACUUUCUGUUUUUAUAGAAAUGAAAAAUGUAAGUUGGGUUUUUUUUUCUAAAAAGCGAUACUUUUACAUGUUGUCUUUUGUUUUUUUUACCAUAAACACUUCAUUAACAUAACAUUAUUAACAAUAAGAAACCACCUAUAUAUGAGAAAAAUUGAUGAAAAACAGUGCAUCUUAAAAUAAAAUGAUAUUAUCACGUAAAAUUCCAAUUAUGUAAAGUGUUGAAAAAUUUCUGUAUAAACAAUAAAAAUCUAUAUUUUAUGGGGUCAGUUGACUUUCGCUAAAUCACAUUUCUGUAAAACCUAUAUAUAAGUUUUAAGAGUAGGUGAUAUAAGAAGUACAUGUUUAAAAGCAGCAUUUGUAUUAGUCAUCGUACAUGUAUAACGUUAUUUAUAUUCUGUUAAACAGAACACAAUUCGUAUCGGAUUUAUGUCUUAGUGCAAUUAGGUCAAAGACAUUUUAGUUGCCAUUCAGCAACAAUUAUAUCUCUGUUUCUUACAUAGAUUAACCACAGUACUCUGUCUCGCUUGACAUUUUAUGUUUAAUAUUUUAAUAACAUGUUUUUAUGUCUUGCAACCGAACUGAAAAUUCUUAUUGAUUUGAUUAGAAGAUUAAUAGAAAGAUUAUAAUGUGCUAGGGUUUUAGUGCUAUUGCCAGUCUAGAAAGAGAUUAGUGAACAAUUUUGGUGCAUAUGCUUAUAAAUUUCCUUAAAAUCCACGGCAGUUUAUAUGAAUUGAACAUGAUUGGGAAGUUGAAGUUUUCAACAUGUGGUUCACAGAAGAACGUGAUGUAUGGUUAUUGUUUUGAUUUAUUCACACUGAAUUUAACGAAUAAGAAAAAAUAAAAUUUAUUCGAAUUUAAGAUUGAUUGACAGGACAUCAUAUUAACUGCUAUCUUUAUAUUCCUGCCUCGUUUGACGAGGGUUCAAAGUGCGUACCGGUUUUCCGCUAUGUUAAUAUUUUAUCAUCAGUCAUUGUGGCGAUCCUUUUGUUACGAUUUGAUUGAUAAAUGAUCAAAUAUGCUUUUGAUGACUGUUUUCAUUUGUACACAAUUAUUAGUUUUCCUACAAUUAUAAAAGUUACUUGACUGUAACUUAAGGAUUUUUUGGGCAUUAUUCUUUUAUACCUUAUAUAGGAUUGCGUAAAGUGAUUUUUAUACAGUUAGAUAUUUUAUAUGAAUUUUUUCUCUUGUCUUCAAUAAUAUUAUAAAAACUAGAGAUUCUUACUUAGAAAGAGCUAUAAAAAAAAUGUUAUUUAUACUCAAAUGUCGGAAACUGACAAAGCAUUAAUUUUUUUUUUUUUUAAAUUUUCGCAGCCAAGAAAGUUUUUUUUAACUAUUUUUUGUUAAUGUAUAAACGUUAGUGAUGUUGACUAUAAUGACCAAGAUAGAAAACUUUGUUAUUGUCUGAUGUUAAUCAGUAGGUAGAUCAUGUACACAUUUUGGUGCAUUGUUAAUUGUGAAAGUUUUGUUUAAUAUACUGUUUAAAGUUUAUCUGCCAUAGAAAGUAGAUGAAUUGAUGAAAUUAAAGGGAGGAACAGUGGCUGAAAAAGUGCAAUGUUUAACUUAUUUAGGUAUAAAUAUUUAAGAAUAUUGUUAGGUGUUGAAUUUUAUCAUUAUAUUUUUAUAAAAUUGCAUGCUGUAGAGACUUUAAAAUAGGCUCAUGACAUGCAAAUAAGACAUAUCUUACUGAAAUAAUGUAGACAUGAUGAUAAAACUAGCUGCAAAAAAUUAACAGUCUGAUUUUGACUUUAUUGUUCUAGCUCAGAAAUGUGGGGAUACAGGCCGCAUUAUUCAAAUUCAUGCAUCUUUUAAGUUUUUUUAGUUUUUUCUUCACAAAUGAUUUUAUUUUAAAGACUUACUUUCAUGUAAAGCCCACCUUUUGUUUAUCAGGUUAACUUACAAAUGAUUCUGUAACGGGUGGAAAUUUUUGCUUAAUCAAGUUGUUGAAUAUUAUUAAAUGUAGCUUUUACUGUAGUCAAACAACAGUGAUUGUUUGUGAAUCUUGGACAUUUAAUGCUUGUUGAAGAAACUGGUAUUUGAUUGGUGCGUAUAAAAUGUGCUAGCUAUUAUGAACUGGUGAUAAAAAAAAAAACAGAAAUGUUCAGAUGUAUUUUGGGUUUUUUUUUGUUUCUAUAAGUUGGAAUGAAAGAUUGGGGUAAAUGUGUAUAAAAGUUAUGAGAAAAUAUUAUUUUUGGUCAUCAGUCUGCCAUUUGCUUAUAAAAAAUGUUUAUUUUCAUAGUUUAGUCUCCCUAUUUAUUGGCCAUGAUCUGGUCCAAAAUUAUUUGGAACAGUUUUAAUGUUUAAAAUACCAACCCUAUAUAAAAUAAACCCUAUUUUUUUGUCAUCUAUUUUUGUUUUACAGAUUUUAUAAAUUCAAAACAUAGUAUAUUUAUUUUAUAGGUCAAAGUAUAAGCAAAGACGAAUAAGCACUUGUGCAAUUGAUUCAAAAACUGUAUGAAUGUGUGUAAAUAUAUAUGUAAACAUAGUGUGUAUAUAUACCGACUGUACACAAAUGGCAUAUAUGACACUGUAGCAUUAGAACUAUGUGGCUUACACAACAUCUGUUUAUUGUGCAUAAAGAUUGUAAAUUAUGUUCUCUCAACAUUGUUAACUAUUGAACUUGUCUAUUGAUUGAAAAUUUUAUAGGAAAAAAUACAAAAAAAAAAAUACAUCGAAAUAAAA